AUGGAAACCGCAGCUCCCGCAGCAGCAGAUGCGGGGCAGCUCCUAUGGUGCAUAUGCAGUACCAGGCCCACCGCCACCGCCGUACGACUCGGCAAGCGCUUCCAACAUGGACCUCCAGUUGCAGUGACGCUUUCCUUCUCUUUGAGAAGAUCUCGCUCCAAAGAGACUGUAGAUGGGAACGACUCCCGUAUCAACUGCCUGAAGCGAAGAGGGGCCGACUACUUCGCGCUAAAGAGGGAGAAGAACAAGCCGCUGUCCCGCGAGUCGAUCAAGGCCUGCGCUCGCGCCAUCCUCCUCGUAGUAGCCGGGCUCCAUGCGAAGGGUCUCGUCCACUUGGACUUGAAGCCCGAGAACUUGAUGAUGUUUAACGGGCGGUUGAAGCUCAUCGAUGUGGACGGCUGCGUUCCCAUCGACAGUGAAGUCUCGAUCAACGACUCGUCCAUCUCUUUCUCGCCGUGCUACUGCGCGCCAGAGUGGGCCAGGUUCUUGAUCGAUGAGGCUGAGUCCAAGAUCAUCGCCAAGCCCCACCUGGACGUGUGGAGCAUUGGCAUCACGCUUUGCGAGCUCGUGACGCUGGAUGCGAUUUUGAAGCCCAUGUACGGCAACUUCCUUCGCAACGGGCACUCGCACCGAGAAGCAGGUUUCCUCUUCAUGGACUGGCUUGGCCACAUCACGCGUGCGCCGGUUCCCAAGAGCAUCGAGCGAUUCGACCGCGACUUCCACAAGCUUAUUGUGGAGUCCCUCCUAGUCUGCGACCUCACGAAGAGGAAGUCGCUGGCCCAGUGCCUCUCCGACCCAUACGUCGUGGAGUCCGGGAAAUCUGAGUCGACAGAGCUGGAAGGUGGCGAGAAGGUGGUGCGACAGGCUCGGCAGCGCUUCGAGGACACCUCCAGCAAGGCUCCGCUCUACAAGGGCACCUUGUGGAAGCUCAACACAGAUGGCAAGGCAGAAGAUGCCACGCACUGGCUCAAGCGAGACAUGUGGGUCGCCUGCGACGGCUCUCUGUGCUACUUCAGCAUCAAGGAGAACAAGCGCCUGGUUCUCCUGGAUGGUAUCAAAAUCUCCGGUGCCAAGGUCACUACGCUGCCAAACGCUGCGCGCGAGUUUGCUUUCCGGCUCGACUGUGUCAACAGCGACGACCAUGAGAAGGAUAUCUCCAUGUGCUUCUCCGCUGAGUCCGAGCAGGAGUACCAGAAGUGGCGGUCCCUGCUGUCGCAGGCCUCCAACCUGGAAGGUGCCAUGCAGACCAUCCGCUUGGGUGGCACAGUGGCCGAUGAGCUGAAGCAGUUCAGGCUCGCGGUGAAGAACCGCCGGAUGAAGGUUGGUGAGGACACCAAGGACCAGUUUGCCCCCAUCUUCAAGGCGAAGCUGCGGAAGGUCAAAGCAGAAGGCGACCGCAAGAAGGUCGAUGACUGGUUUGAGCGCGAGAUGUGGAUCGCCAAAAACGGCAGUCUGGUCUACUGGAGCAAGAAGGAAGACCGAGAGCUGGUGUACUACACUGCGAACGACAUUGCACAAGCAAAGUUUGUGCUGAUCGACAACGAGGACACUUUUCACCCGUGGGCGUUCCAGGUGCAGUUGGCGUCCUCCGGAGGCAUCGAGUUUGCACCCGGCGAGUUCGCUGCUGAGUCAGAGGCCAGCCGCGAUCGAUGGAUCUCCGAACUGGCGCAGUUCAAGCACGCCUAA